UCUUUAGGGUUCAUCGCGACGCUGGGGUCAAGGAUUUGAUGCGCCCUCUCGGCGGGGGAUUCGCGUCAUUGUUGAUCGGCGAUCAGAAAUGGGGCGAUCGUUCGUCAGGUUCCCGAGCGAUCUUAGCUCGGAUGUCUCGAAUUCGGUGCGCCCGGCCGAGAAUGGGCACUACAAGCCCAUGGAUGAUGCUGCUCUUAGGCACAAGUGGGACAGCCAGGGGAUUCCAGGCGCGGCGGUGUGGGAUCUCGACAAAGUGAUGGAGGCAUCGGAUUUUAAGCUGGAUGACAGGCUGCCGAAUUCCAAGGUCCUGGAUCCACGCAGCAAUUUCGUGCAUCAGUGGAACAAAUUCUUCGUCAUCUCCUGCUGGAUCGCCGUGUUUGUGGAUCCACUCUUCUUCUACCUUCCGGUGGUGAGCAAGAGCAUUUGCGUGAGAAUCGAGACCGAUCUCGCCAUCGCCGUGACACUUCUGCGAACACUCUCCGACUUGUUCUACAUUCUACACAUGGUUUUGGAGUUCCGGAUGGGUUUCAUCGCUCCCUCUUCGCAAGUUUUUGGGAAAGGAGAGCUCGUCGUGGAUACGAAGCAAAUUGCCAGGAAGUAUCUCACCAGGAACUUCUGGCUUGACUUGGUUGCCGUCUUGCCUCUUCCACAGUUCAUAAUCUGGAUUUUGAUACCAGUUCUGAAGAGCACACCGGCAGCAAGCACUAAGACCGCCUUGAGAUUCGUGGUCUUUUUCCAGUACCUCCCGCGGCUGCUCAGGAUCUAUCCGUUAACAAUGAAGAUGGUCAAGAGCACUGGAAUGGUGCUGGAGACUCCGUGGGCUGGAGCGGCAUACAAUCUUAUACUUUUCAUGCUCGCAAGUCAUGUACUUGGCGCUACGUGGUACUUGCUAGCCGUGGAACGCCAGGACACUUGCUGGCGUAGAGAAUGCCGGCGUGAUACCACUUUUGGUAUACACUUGUGCAAGCGCUUUCUGGACUGUCAAAGUCGGACAAAUGGUUUAUCCGGGCAGCGGGAUCAAUGGCUCAGCUCGACCGAUAUAAGUCAACGAUGCUCCGCCGAUCAGGACAGCUUCAACUUUGGUAUUUAUAAUGAAGCUCUCAAGAACGGAAUCACAACAAACACCGCGUUCUUCAAGAAAUAUUUCUACUGUCUGUGGUGGGGAUUGCGUAACCUGAGUGCGCUGGGUCAAAAUCUGGAAACAAGUACGUUUGUUUGGGAGAUUCUGUUUGCUAUUGUUAUUGCGAUCCUGGGAUUAGUUCUGUUCGCUCUGCUCAUUGGAAACAUGCAGACGUACUUGCAAUCUGUUACAGUGAGGUUGGAACAAAUGAGGCUUAAACGUCGUGACACAGAGCAGUGGAUGAGCCACCGGCAAUUGCCGCCUGAGCUACGUGAUCGAGUACGGAGAUAUGACCAGCAGAAAUGGGUGGCAACAAGGGGAGUUGACGAAGAAGCGCUCGUCCAAAGCUUACCAGUUGACCUGAAAAGAGAUAUCAAGCGGCAUCUCUGCCUGAAUCUAGUUCGCAGGGUCCCAUUGUUUAGUCACAUGGACGAACGACUUUUAGAUGCUAUGUGUGAGAGGCUUACCUCUGCUCUUCACACCGAAGGAACGUUUAUUACUCGGGAAGGUGAUCCUGUCAACGAGAUGCUGUUUAUUAUCCGAGGAAACUUGGAAAGUGUAACUACAGAUGGAGGGCGCACAGGUUUUUUGAACGUGAGCAUUCUGGGGCCGGGAGAUUUCUGUGGCGAAGAACUCUUGUCCUGGGCUUUGCUCCCAAAGCCGAAAAACCUUCCGACCUCGACUCGGACGGUUAAAGCGUUGAAAGAGGUGGAAGGUUUCUCUUUCAAAGCCGAGGACUUGAGAUUUGUGGCCGGUCAGUUCCGAAGGAUGCACAGCAAGCAGCUCCAGCAUACGAUACGCUACUACUCGCAGCAGUGGCGUACCUGGGCAGCUCAGUACAUUCAAGCUGCCUGGAGACGUCACGUUAAGAAACAAGACCAAAAGCGGCAGCUCGAGUUACUAUCCAGUCUCAUAGACGACGGAGGGGCACCGCUUAAAACUUCUACUUCCAUCGAGCACUUGCUAUACAUCCCGAUCAAGGCAUUGACGAGAAGUAUAUCGGGGUGGGAGACCUCCGAGUGGAUUGCUCGUCCCAGCAACAGGUCCGCUUGGCUUCCACAGGCUUCUAUCACAGCGAGGAAAGUUACAUUGUCAGGAUGAACGCCAUCGAGAUCCAUAGCGCGGAAGAACCGAAUCGCCGAGGCGAAAUCGCCGGUUUGAGAGUAGGUGACAAUCAUCAAGUUCCAGGAGACAACGUCCUUGGUGGGAAUUUUUUGGAAGAGAAGCAAAGCUUCGUGAAAGUGGCCGUUUUUGGUGUAAGCUCCAAGCAUGGAGUUCCAGGA